AUGAAAAGGCAGUGUGUGUGUGUGUGUGUGUGUGUGUACCAUGUUACGAUCACUCACCAGUUCUUUGUCUGUCCAGAAUUGAAGAAGUACUGGUCUCAGAUGGGGUCUGAUGGGUAUGACUGCAGAAGGUUGAAGGUUGAGACCUGUGGGCGACUCGUUGGUCAUCUUCUCCCGAUUCUGCAGGAGGGCCAUUGGGAUCUGACACAGGGAAGAGGGUUACAAAUGCACGGCUUUCUCCUGGUGUAUAAUGAAGCUGAUGAGUGGUGGGCGUCACACCAAGUUGGGCGUGGCAUGAGACAGGGACACACCGUGGGUGUCACUGCUACCCCCCUGCACCCCCCCAUCAACAUGGCCUCCAGCUACCUGCCCCCCUUUGAGGGCACAGGGGAGGUGAAGGAGGGCUUCCUGUGCCCGCUUUGCCUGAAGGACCUGCAGUCAUUCUACCAGCUGCAGGAGCACUAUGAGGAGGAACACUCUGGGGAUGACAGACAUGUCAGGGGACAGCUCAAGAGUCUAGUCCAGAAGGCUAAGAAAGCCAAAGACAAGCUGCUGAAGAGGGAUGGAGAGGACAAGCCAGAGAUGGACAGCUAUGAGUCCUUCUACUAUGGUGGAGUAGACCCCUACAUGUGGGAGCCUCAGGAGCUGGGAGCCACCAGAAGUCAUCUGGACUUCUUCAAGAAGCACAGAGCUGCCAGGAUCGACCACUACGUCAUCGAGGUCAACAAGCUAAUUAUCAGGCUGGAGAAACUGACCUCAUUUGACAGGAUGAACAUAGAUGCAGGCAAGAUUAGAGCGAUUGAGAAGUCUGUUGUGUCGUGGGUGAGUGACUCUGAUGUCCCGUUCUGUCCCGACUGCGGGAACAAGUUCAACCUCCGGAACAGACGACACCACUGCCGUCUCUGUGGCUCCAUCAUGUGUAAGAAGUGCAUGGAGUUUGUGCCCCUGCCUUUGGCUUACAAGCUGACCAGUGGGACACGGGAGGCCCUGAGUGUUCCAGGCAGCCCGGGCCAGUCUCAGUCCCCUCCAACAGGGGGUGGUGGGGGCAGCAUCAGCGGGAUAGGCUCCAGGAGAGGCAGCAUCAGCAGCCUGAGCAGUGUCACCUCCAUUCUGGAAGAGAAGGAUGACGAGAGGAUCCGUUGCUGCUGCCACUGCAUGGACACCCUGAUGAGGAAACAGCAGAAACUGGAGGAGAAGGACCACGUGCCUGACAUCGUCAAGCUCUACGAGAGGCUGAGGCUGUGCAUGGACAAGGUGGACGAGAGAGCUCCAGAGUACAUCAGAAUGGCUGAGUCUCUUAAUGCUGGAGAGACCACCUAUAACCUGGACACGGCUGGUGGACUGAGAAUGGAAGUCCAGAAGUACUACGAACUUAUCGAUGCACUGAGUAAGAGGAUCUUAACACUGGGAAUGAAGGAGGAGCCACAGCCCCAUCCAAAGAAUCUCCAGCUGCAGAGGAUGGUCAGAUACACAGCCACACUGUUCGUCCAGGAGAAGUUACUGGGUCUGAUGUCUCUGCCCACUAAGGAUAAGUAUGAGGAGCUGAAGAUGAAGCGGAAGCAGGAGCAGGAGAAGAGGCUCGCCCAGGAAAGACUGGCUGCCCAGAAGAGAAGGCAGGACUCUGAGAAGAACCGCCCAGCCUCUAGCACCAACGGGGAGCCUCCCCAGGCCCCCAGAGUCCCCCACAUGACCAAAGCUGGAGGCUGGCUGCCCUCCUCAGACACCCUCCACACCCACGGGGAGCUGGAAGACCCCAUGCUGCAGCAGAUAGAGAAUAUCCGGUCGUUCCUGCGGCAGGCCAAGGCCGCCCAUAGACAUGACGAGGUGGCCAUGCUGGAGGAGAACCUCAGGCAGCUUCAGGAUGAGUACGACCAGCAGCAGACCCACCUGGCCAUCACUCUGUCCCAGAGACCGGGCCAGGAGGAGCUGCAGCACCUGGAGGACAGGGAGAGGGGGAAGAUGAAGCACAGGGCUCAGAGCCAAGCCCCAGGAUCCACUCAGGCCACAUACACCUGGCAGGGCUCACUGAACCUAACUGAUACAGGGAGCCUCCAUAGGGAGGGGGAGGAAGAGAACGAGGAGGAAGAGUUGACCCCUAAAGCAGAGAGCAGCCCCCCAUCCAUGAGGGCCUUCCCUGCCCUAACGGACCAGGAUGAGGAGUCGCCCCCGUGGCUGGGGGGAGAUGUAGAGGGACAGAACAGCGCCUCCUUCAACCCCUUUGAGGAAGACUCCACCACGGUGGAGGAGGAUCCGUCCAACCCGUUCUCAGAGGAGAUCCAGAAGGAGCACAAGGAGGUAGCUAACGGGAAGAAGGAGUACAACCCGUUCUCAGAGGAGAUCCAGAAGGAGCACAAGGAGGUAGCUAACGGGAAGAAGGAGUACAACCCGUUUGAGGAGGAAGAGGAGGGCGGGGUGCAAGGGCAGGCUGAUGGCGUCACAGGCAACCCUUUCGAAGAGGAGGAGGAGAACGAUGAAGGUAACCCUUUUAAAGAGGCUUCUGGGAAUACCCUGCCGGGAGCCUCGACCAAUCCCUUUGAAGAGGAGGGUGAGGCGGCAAUGCUGGACGUUGACCUGAUCGAGGAGGAGUUGCUGCUGCAGCAGAUUGAUAACAUUCGGGCGUACAUCUUCGACGCCAAGCUCAACGGGAGGCUGGAUGAGGUGGAGCUGCUGUCAGAGAACCUGAGAGAGCUGCAGCGCACCCUGCAGGAACAGAAGCUUAAGACACACUGACAGAGACAUUACCUCCGUCUCUACUUUUCUCAUCCUCCAUGCCAUCACCUGAUUCUUACAACAGGGCUGCCCACCCAGGGCUAGAAGCUAAUCCUGCGACUCUACAGUAGUUCCCUUUAAAGCUGGGAUCCGCAAAAGGCGAAACAUCGCCACUGGUCGCCCCCAGGUGCAUUUGUUAUUGUUUUUCAAACGGAGGAGAUGAGCAUCCAGUAUCAUGAUAAAAACAGUUUGUAGUACAUACUCUACUGUUAUAUCCAGAGGAGGCUGGUGGGGGAAGCUAUUGUAAUGGCCGGAAUGGAAUGAUUGGAACGGAGUCAAACGUGGUUUCCAUAUGUUCUGUGUGUUUGAUAACAUUCCAUUUCAGCAAUUACAAUGAGCCCAUCCUUCUGUAGCUCCUCCCACCAGCCUCCACUGGUUCUAUCUCAUGUGCAAUGAUGUCCGAUGAAAAAAGUGUUUGUUUGAAGUAACGUCUUUGUUGUUGUAAUAACGCAAACAGACAUGGCAGUUUCACCGCUAAUGAUUCCAGCUUUAAAUGGCCAAUGAUCUCAUUGAUUCUGGGUUGGUUAAGGUCCGUGUUAGGUGGGUUAAAACAUUUGUGAAGGAACCACCCACCCCCCAUUCCCCUUGAGUAUUAGCCCUCUAGACCAAGGGCCGCAUCUCAAUAGUCUAUACUCCCUCUCCUUCAUCUGUAUUGAUGUGAAUGAACUGCACAGGUGACAGCACCUAGCAUUAUUUCUUUGCCGAUCCUGAUCAUCCUGCCAUGUAAGUGCAGGGUCAAUGAGAGGAGACAAGGAGAGAAAGCAAAACUAGUCUAUUGAGACCCUGCUCAGUGUUAUGCAGCCUAGCACUAAAAGGAGAUGCAUUUACAUUUCUUCACUCUUGUACAUACUAAUAACACUCACACUCUAUGAAGGCCUCAUUUAGGAGCCCUGUUGUUUUUGUAAUUCUAUCUGUAUGGUAAGAAGAAGCACAAGGGCAGAGUAAGUCAGCACUUCCAGACAGUUGUGCACAGUCAGCCACAGGAGGUAGGAUCCAUGGGGUCAUAUUUGGGCAACAGAGGCCUGACAUCGUCUGUAGUCCUGCUAUUCAAUACCGAUACCUUAUGUAGAACCAGGGUUGCAGUUUUUGGAAAUGUUAUGGUCUUCUUGAACGAAAACGUUCACUCUGAACUGACAGCUGUCGUCGGCACCUGAAUACUAAGCAUGACUAACUUGUUACUGCUACAUUUUGUCUGUCAGAUCUUCACAUGCAUGUUUGAGUUUGUAUGGGAGUGGAACCCCAUUGCCGUUAAGACAUCUUUUCUCUGUCAUCCCUGGGGGUCCAGUGACCGCUAGAAAGAGAAUGUUGAUGAAACAUUAAGCCAUGGUGAGCGAUACCAACAAAAAAACAGUUUUAAAAUCCUGCUUUGCUUUCAGGGACUCCUUCUGUUAGCUGGUUAUGUCUAUUGAAUGACUAAGUUGAAGCGCAGGAUAGAUUCUUUUUUUUUUGAGUGUGCAUGAUAUCACUGAGACGCUUCUGCAGUGGUCCAAAGUAGGCUAGUCUUUCAAUUAUGAUUUUGUCCUAGUCUCGCUCCCUGCGCUGUGUUCUCCUCCCAACACAGUGGAGACAAAUCCUAACCCUGUGUUUUCUCUUAGUGCACCAAUGAUGGCAGGGUCAGAAUCUGUCCUGCUCUUAACUUACUUUCUCACCCUGCAAACAUCCAGUGUACUUUCUCAUAUGCCAACUUAACUACAGUAUGUAUUUAUGCAACUGGUUCAACCAAGUCUCUUAACUGCACUUACCAAUUAACACACAACACCGUUGUUGCACUGGAGAUGUUUAGGUCCGAGGCACAGAAUAAUAGGUUACUUUACCCAGAAUGCUCCAUCUGUCACAGCAUCAGCCUUCAACUCUGUAUUCAUAAGGUCUUGGCAAAACUUACAUCUUGAUUUCUCAUUGGUAAUGAAAAAACACUAAACCGAUUCAAUUCUACCUAGUAUUAUCACAUACUGUGGCAAACUGUUUCCUGUUGUACUUUGUAUCCAAGUACUAAUUUCCUUGCCUUAUACAACAGUACUUGAUAUUAAGUUGAACUAAAGCAGUAUUGUUCGCUGUAGUCUUAUGCACACUCAACUGUGUUGUAGCUAAACAGAACCUUCUGAAACAUGCAUAAUUUAUUUGUGGCAAAUAUUAAUGAACUGUUGAGCUUUUUCAUAAUGUUGCCUGUUUACCUGUCACUGGCUCCGUUUACACAGGCAGCUCAAUUCAGAUUCCCCCCCACUAAAUUGGUCUUUUGACGAAUCACAUCAGAUCUUUUCAGAGCUGAUUGACAAAAGACCAAUUAUUGAAACAUCCGAAUUGGGCUGCCUGUCUAAACAGCUAUUGAGGCUCCAUCACUCAACACUAAUUAAAGACAUGACCUAUGAAGAA